AUGUCACAUGAACGCAGCACGCCAUCAUCAUCGCGAUCUGAGGAAUUUGCGUCCUCUCAACCUACCACUCAACAAUUCGCAUCGAAUUUAACGCUUGCAGGGGGAGAUUCACCGAUCACUAGAUUGGAAAGGAUAGCCAGAACAAGGGCGGAAUGGGAAUUUAAUGCUUUUGCGGGGGCGGUGGGUGGUUUUACUUCUGGAGUUGUUACUUGCCCAUUAGAUGUUAUUAAAACGAAAUUACAAGCACAAGGGGGUUUCAGGGCAGCACAAGGACUUGGGGCACAAUCUGCUGGACAAGUGGUAUACAGUGGUUUGCUUGGAACGGGAAGAAUGAUAUGGCGGGAUGAAGGGUUGAAAGGAUUGUACAGAGGCCUUGGCCCCAUCAUCCUUGGUUAUCUACCAACAUGGGCAGUUUGGUUUACGGUCUAUGGCAGAUCAAAACAGUUCUUUGGACAUCAUACUGAUAACACCGUGCUGGUGAAUUUUUGGUCCUCAAUAAUUGCUGGAGCUUCAUCAACAAUGGUUACCAAUCCCAUAUGGGUCAUAAAGACACGUCUAAUGUCACAAGUCAGUCGCAAGACCAAAAAUAAUGGGGCUAGACCACCCUGGCAUUAUCGAUCAACUUUCGAUGCAGCAAAAGUAAUGUACAGGACAGAAGGAUUUUUAUCCUUCUAUUCCGGCCUCACUCCUGCACUACUUGGCUUGACACAUGUAGCUGUUCAGUUUCCAGCUUAUGAGUAUUUGAAGACAAAGUUCACAGGUCAGGGGCUAGGAGCUUCAGCAGAGGGUGAUGAAAGCUCUCAUCUAAUUGGGGUAUUAUCUGCAAGUGUACUCAGUAAGAUCAUAGCAAGCUCUACCACUUAUCCUCAUGAGGUCAUUCGGACAAGGCUUCAAACUCAACAAAGGUCCAUGCCCGCUGCCUCGGCAGAAUACAGUGCAUUCAGGGGAGGUCUAGAAGGGCAAGCCCAUCAACCUGGAGUUCCAAAUCCUAUUGCUCAAGUCAAACAAGCAGUACCGAAAUACAGGGGUAUUGUAAUGACAUUCAAAACGAUAUUACGCGAAGAAGGAUGGAGAGCAUUUUACGCAGGUAUGGGUACAAAUAUGAUGAGAGCUGUACCUGCGGCCACAACCACCAUGCUCACUUACGAGUACAUUAUGCAACAUCUAAACCAUGCAAAGAUUGAAGGAAUCCGGAAAUCAGGAGAAGAAUGA